UCCGAAGUAUCUAGCAUUUUACAAGUAGUAAAUGGUCUCCCCGCAAUUUUUAGUCUCCUGCCAGCAGAGUCUAGUCUUCCAUUAAUACUUUAACUUCUACCAGCAUCUAGAUUUCUGCUAGUACUAUCUAUCCUUGUGCUACUUAUAUCUAAUUUUCUAGCAAUGUAUAGUCUACCAGAGAUCAAGAAAGAUCUCUAACGAAGUAAAUUGCGAUCUAAAUAUCAAGUAUUUCGUAUGACUAACUUAAAACAUAACUUAGACAAUGACUAAUGCCCGUUUGCACCGUAAUACAUAAGCAUUGCUUAAAGGCUAAGUAAUGCUUAAGUAGUGAAUUUGCGUUGCACCGUCAAGUAACCCGUUCUCAAAAUCAAUAAGACGUUCUCAAAUAUAAGUAUUUGAAAUCCAGUGCUUAAGUUGUUCUCAAGCGCAUACGUCAAAUAGACAUAACCGCACAUAACCUAUACGUUAAAAAAGUAAUAAAAUAAAAUAAUGGAUCUGCAAAUUUUCGACGACGAUUUAGAUGUUUUGGAAAUAAUUGAUUUUGGUUUUCCAAAAUUAAUAUACACAAGAUCCAAUUAUUUCCACGAAAUGAACGAAUAUAAUUUUUUUAAAAGAUUUCGUCUAACAAAACAAAGUUGUUUGUAUGUUCUACGACAAAUACAAGAAAUUAUAGAAUUUCCGUCUAAUAAAAACAACUGUGUGUCUCCAAUGAACCAGUUGCUAACAACCCUUAGAUUUUACGCUUCUGCUAGCCAUUUAACUAUUGUAGCUGAUUUUACCGGGAUGCAUACUUCAACAGCUAGUAGAAUUAUAUCGCGGGUAUCGCGUGCAAUUGCUAUGCUGAGACCGCAAUACAUAAAAAUGCCAAGUAAUACCGAAGAAAUUCUAACAGUACAAAAUCAGUUUUAUGGAAUAGCUGCAUUUCCCAGGAUUAUAGGUGCCAUUGAUUGCACGCACAUGAAAAUUCAGUCUCCUGGUGGCGAAGAUGCAGAAGUGUACAGGAACCGAAAAGGCUACUUUUCUUUUAACGUACAAGUUAUUGUAAAUGCAAAUUUGGAAGCCAUGGAUAUUGUGGCAAGGUGGCCAGGAUCUGUUCACUAUUCAACUAUAUUUAAUAAUAGUCGGAUUAGAGCACGGUUAGAAAACGGAGAUUUCCAAAAUGGCAUAUUAUUAGGUAUGAUGUUACUGAUACUUAACGUAAAAUAGUACAUAUAGUACAUACUAUUUGAUUACAAAUGA